AUGGCCGCAGUCAUGACGCAGAUCGAGUGCGGUUCGCAAGGCGCGAAAUCCCCGCGGCCUAUGCUAAAACUGGGCUCUCCCACCGGCGCAGAGAAAAACGCAGCAAAUGGGGCUGCGAUGGUCUUUGAGAUCUUGCCUGAGACGGCUUUGCACCGGCUCUGCGAUAAUGUCGAAAGGCUGAAUGACCAUUUUGCGGCGACGCCAGGGAGCAAGGAUCCAACUUCAUUCGUCUCCACACCCCUUGAAAGUGGUACACCGGGAGAUGAAGCAACGUCAGUCACCGCGGUGGGCCUACACUGUGGAGAUGUGGAGGAUGCGGCCAACCGGACCCGCGAAGAAGCUUUCCAACUAGCGCUGCUCUCUCGAAAGUUCCUGUCAAAGAAGGUGCCUCCGAUCUCGAUACGAGACUACGUGCUGCGGCUGCACCGUUAUUGCCCCAUGUCUACGGCCGUGUUUCUUGCCGCGAGCCAUUACAUUACAAGAAUGGCACUGUCAGAGAAGACCAUCCGCGUGACACCGAAGAACAUGCAUCGGCUUGUCCUCGCAGGCCUUCUCGUGGCUACCAAGGCUCUCGAAGACCUGAGCUACCCACAUGGUCGUGUGGCCAAAGUGGGCGGAGUCAGUGAAUAUGAGCUGUCCAAACUAGAGAUCAGCUUCUGUUUUCUGGCCAACUUUGAACUGCGCGUGGAUGCGCAGAUGUUAAUGGUCGAGGUCACAUCGCAGAACAUUUCAAAAGAAGUUACAAACGUAUAA